CCUUAGGUACCCUAAUACGUACAUAAAUGAAAAAAUUUAAGACGGAGAAUCGUUAUUGUCCUUACCUGUAGAAAAAAAUACAGAAGAACGCGCUCUCUUCCACGCACUUGGAAACACUACAGCCAAAAUGAGAGCCACCUAGAAAAACUACAAUUUCUGAUUCAUUUUUCCAAAACCAGCAUGAAACUCUUUGUAAAGACUGUUGACAUCUAGUGGAAGGAACUGCAAUCUGGGAGGUAAUUCCAUUGAUUUUCUCAUAGACAGCCAUAUCAAUGAGUGCUGAGCUCAAAAAAAAACAUUCCGGAUGGAUUCUCCUCGGGUUUUCUGUUAAACUCACAGACAUUAUUUUAACCGUUUUGGAAACUUUAGAGUGUUUUCUAUCCAAUACUAGCAAUUAUAUGCAUAUUCUAGCUUCUGGUCCUGAGUAACAGGCAGUUUACUUUGGGCACACUUUUCAUCCGGACUUGAAAAUACUGCACCCUACCCAAGAGAGGUUAAGAUUACCUUCGGGCCGACUGGGAGUCCAAGGCUGGUUAGGAGACAUCACUAGAGACAGUAUUAUCUACUUGUGAUGAACAGAGAAUAUUAGUGUAGCACUGUGAUUCAUUAAUUAUAUUCUGUCUUCCCUGCUCCCCUGUUCUUACCUUUUUCCCUUUCUGUCUUUUACUCCUCCCUCACCGCCACCUCUUUUGUCAUCUGUUUUUAUAAUGCACACCAGAUGUGCAUUGAUGUACAGAUUGAACUUGUAUUUAUAAUAUUGUAUAACAAUUAUAAUAUUUAUAAUGCAUGUAUUAUGUAUUUAUACACUUGGAUAAUUAACUUCUUUAAAUAAAGCGUUUCACAUUCUCUACUGGUUCAAAUUAAGUCUCAUUUGAUUAAAUACUACACUAAUUCUGUGUUUAUCAGAUCAUUGCAGAUUAAAGAAAUUAGAUAUUGAGAUGAACUGGUUUUAGAGUAUUUACAUGAUGCAUAGGAAGUGUAGUGUACUGUUUUUUUUAAAUUAUAUUUCUAUAUAUAUGAAUGACAAAUAAGCCAUUAACUAGUUAUAACAUGUUUCUAGUCUAUUUCAUAGUUAGUGUGUAACCAUUGAUGUCCCAGGAACAAGAUUGGUAAACACUAUUGAAGUGCAUAAUUCCAAUACAUACAUGCAGACACAGCAUCAUUCAAAGACUGGAAUUUGAUACUCCUGUUAUUGGAUAUGACUGAAAAAUAAUCUCAAAGACAUUCAUAACUGAACUGCAUCUUUAUUUGUGAAGGUAGAAUACAUGAUCAGUGAAUAUAUUAAAUGUACAGGCUACAAUGUGGGGAUCCCAUACAUGUAUAUACAGAGGUGGGACCAAGUCAUUGUUUUACAAGUCACAAGUAAGUCUCAAGUGUUAGCACACGAGAGAGAGAAUAAAGUAGAUGGCACGGGUCAAAGUAAUUGAUUUAUGACCCUGUGUCAUGAUGACGUACACAUGUCCAAAUAUGGGCCUCCGGCCAGGCCAUCCUGUUCCUGUGGUCACGUGUUAGAGGGUGUGUGUUAUUUUAUAUCUAUAUUGCAUCCUUUGAAGUAGUCAUGGUGAUUGAUGUCUAGGGGUCUGGUUGAACUGGGGGGGUUGAGUGUUUGAACUUUUGGAACGUGUAUGUCCCCCACCCCCAGUUUUAUUGCCCUUAUGGUUGUUAUCUGAUGAAGCAGGAAUGUCCUGGGGUAUUGGCUGUGGCAUAUGCAUUAUAAAUGUCCAGAACAAGCGAUUUUUCAAAUAAAGACCCGAAUAUUAAACAUAUAAAAUAUGUCUCCUAGGCCAAUUCUCGGGGUGCUCUGCAGCUCAUGUCAUGAAUCCAAUGACAAAAGCCUGGAGGAUGUUUUGUGUGAGGCUCCAGAAUGUUUUAAAGGAUUUUUGUGUACAAGUGAGGGACAUACGUCUUACAUAUUCCAACCUGAGGAAUCUACGGUUAAGAUAUUCACAGACAGCGUGUCCAAACCCUUUUAUCGGGCAGAACCCGAGAGGUUUUCUCCAGCGCUAAGGAUGAGAGAAUGGCUUAAAAUAAGACUCGCGCUGUGUCAAAUUGAACGGACCCUGAGUGCUUCAAGGCUGCCCGGAUAUGCGUUGGAAGAACAGGUCUGCGGACGAAAUGAUCUAAUGGCCCUAAGAGUCGCUUCAAUGGCGUAUACCCCGGACUCCAGAGUGACAAUUUUAGCAUGUGAACAAUUUGAUAGUGCAAAUGCGACGAUAACUGUCAGUUCAUAUGUAUCUUCCAAAGCAUGCAAGGAUGUAAAUUUUUUUCAAAUAAUGUUCAGCUUUAAAUGGCGCGAUUACCAAAUUUUCCGAACACUGAUGAAUAAGCUGGACAGUCUUUUCAAAAAUCGUGAACAAUUACGGCGAUGGCCGAGGUUAUCGUUGAGACAUACCCAGGACCCACAAAGCUGAAGGCGGAUCUUUCCCUGGAGUGAAAACGUCCAGAGCUUCGAUGGAGCGGGCAAAAGACUUUACGAUGGUGAAUUGGAAACGGAUAAUGGUCAGGGCUAACCGGACCCUUUAUCUGUAAGAAAUAGUUUAAAAAAUCAUUGGUUUUGAAAAUGUAUCUCACCCAUUUAACGAAAGGGGAAGCGGUCUUUUCUCUCACGCUAAGGUCUGGCGCAGACAACUGUAAUAUCUGAAAAAACAUGUAUUAUUUUAUAGUCUUUUCCUACAAUGGUAUGUUAUGAACAUUACGGGUUAUUAAAGUUUGUAAUAAUGUACAACUGCAGGCCUCCAAGGUUUUUUACAUAAAACACGCGUGAUGCAUGUUUAAAUAUUAUUCAAAUUUGUUACUUAAUUCAAACAUGUCUUAAAGGUUGUACGAAAUAUUUUGGAAUUCAAUAAAAGGAAUUUUAAAAACUGUAUCUCACCCUUAACUAUGGGAAAAUGUAUUUCACAUCAUCACCCAGCUCUGUCGCGAAGGAAAAAGACAUUGAAAAUCAGGGGGCGUGCGUGAGUGUGCGUGUGACGGAGCAGCAGGAGUGUGUGUGAGCGUGCGUUACAGAAACCAAAGGGUGUGUGUUCAACAGGGGUCCAAGCGUUCUAUCUGUAGAGAAACGUUUGAAACCAAGGUUUGCACUAUCCGGCAUAAGGCAUGUCCAGAUAUCGGCCGACCGCCCGGGGUUAAACACUGAUAUCUAAUCAGCGCCCGGUACCCCACCAACCCGUUUGUUGACAGACUGUCUCUUUGAAUUCACUGCCUUUGUUCUCUAAACCAAACAUACAGGGGGUUGCAUACAGGAUAUCUCCCUGCAAACUCUUUCCGUACUUUAGCAAGUUCGGGCCACUAGGGGAACACGGUUAGCACCGCUUUAGCGCAAACCCACAGGCCCGAAUAUUUAGCUGCCCGGACAGAUUAAAAAAUAUAUUCUGAAUAAUUGAAUCUCUCCUAAUGGAUAUUUCUGGAGGUGAGUAAGUGAAAAAUAUAUUUUAAGAUUUGUUUGAAUAUUAUCGGGAUAUUAAUGUAAUAUUAAACCCAAGUUAUUUGUGUAUUUCAGGCCAAAUGCCAAUAUAAGUUAAAAAGUGUAUAUAUAGCGUAUAACUGGUAAUAUUGUCUAACGUUUGUUAGGAUCCCAAACAUUUACGCAGCUUUUACGAGGUUUAACGGAUCUGGAACAACAUGAGGGGGAUUCUCAGUCUCAAAAACCAGGCAGUCAGUCCCCAUCAUCAUUUUUUCGCUCCGACAUACAGCCAAGAAUGAUAAAGGAUUCGUUAUGGACAUCUGACACAUCUGGUGACUUGGAUGCAAUUCUCCCAUUCUGUACAAACUUUUUUUCAAACUCACCGCGAAUCCCGGGAACCUCCACCCCCUCACGACAUAUUCCAGACCCCAACAGCCAACGCACAACCCGGGCUCUAGUACAUUGCUCAGAAUCCACCCCUGCAGAAAAGUACUGCUGGGCAGGGAACUUGCGGCUUCACGAGCCGGCGCUCCAAGGACACGACUGCCAGGAGACAGGCCCUGCAGAAUCGGGAACGCUAGAUGAAAAAAGCCUAGAGCCCUCGGUAUCCACAAUUCGUCAGAACAGCCAGCGCCAAAAAAGCUGAGACUCCUCCCCGGCGAAAAACGGCACAGACGGACACAUACAUCUAGAGCUGGGGGAUUCUGGCGCACCAAACAUUCCCGAUGAAACAACCAAAGCGGAGGAUAGACCUGUUUUUAAUGACAUUUCAGAUGUUAACGACCAGUUAUUCUGUGAUGCGGCCAACCUUAUCGACCCCGUCAAUUCUACGGCAUCAGUACCUGCAGUAGAACCAGAAAGGUUUUUCACAUUAUUUUCCAGGGCUUUGAAAUCGAGGAAUGUUUUGCUAUACAAACGACUGGGGUUUUUAAUUGAGAGACAGUACAGAGACAAUAUGUUAUUCUGGCAUAGAACAAUUCCACGCAUGUUAAACUGCAAACCGAUUAAAAAACGCAAAUACAGACGCUAAAAUCAUACAUGUAACACCAAUCAUUCCAGAAAUACCCAAAAACGCACAUCCUUAAUUAUCCAAAUGGCAGAACUACAGGAACAAGGUGAGACAGUUGAAAGCCUCUUAGCACAGAUACCGCCAGAACUCCUAGAAGUUAUUAAACGUAGGAACGAGUCAGGGACGUCCGAUGAAAGCAUAUUAUCCCAGAUUCCAGCCGAACUCCUAGAAAUGAUUAAUCGCAUAAACGAGUCAGGGACGCCCGAUGAAAACAUGUUAUCACAGAUUCCCGAAGCCCUCAUAACCUUAAUUAAUUGGAUGAACGAGAGUCAGACAUUUUCGGCCCCUGCCACCCCAACAGCGAUAGACCAACCAGUAACGCCCAGGUCCGUAGAGUCUGAAACGCCACAAGAUGUUUUUGGGGAAUUGGAAAAUUGUCUAAUAAAUCUGGAGGGAGAUGGUAUUGAUAGACGUGUCCGGGUUGUGUACCGGAAUAAAUUCAACAAUACAGAGAUUCGACAGUUUUUCAAUUUGCUAUGGGUGAAUCAGAAUCUUGACUAUGCGGUGUUUUACGUAAUGAUAGUGGACACUCUGAACGAUCUGUUAGAGACGGCAAGAGAUUAUGGUGAACCACGUGAUGUCUUACAGUUGGACAUUUGUGGAGAUAUACUGUGUUAUGCAGGCUCUCUUAUUUUACCCAAUGGCGAAGCAGAUCUUGGACAAUUUAUCGCGCUUCUAGAACGACUUGUUCAGUCAAAUUUAGCCGUCAUAGCAGAUCGGACCCUCGAACUUGUAGUGCAAAUAAUACGUCAACCCCAGGGUGGUGGUGGGCAGAGAAGGAAGCUUGAUAGCCUAAUGCAGUCAGAAAUCAUAAACAAUAAAAGGGCCUACCUCAUAAACGUUCACAAUCCCAAUAAUAAGCUAUGUUUUGCAAUAGGCCUAGCGCAUUUACUUAACCCUGGAUGUACGGAUCUGACGGCAUUGCAAAAGGCUAGAGAGAUCCAAACAUCCGUGGGUCUCGGUAUACAGGAGGCUGUGGUUUUCUCGGACAUAGUCAAAUUUGAAAACUUUCUUUUUUAUCAAGAUUGUGGUUUUGUACCACAGUAGAGCUAAUGCAGCUCUCUUGAAGUUCCAAAACACCCCCCAACCGCAUCCUCAGAUUCUGUACUUUUAUGUGCAAAACGAACUACGCUGUUACCAACAUCACGGCGUUCAUAGGGGCCCCAUAUGUGUGUCCAUCCUGCCAUACCAGCUACACCCGAAAGGGGGGGCACUCGUGCCAUUAUAACUGUUCAGUAUGUCAGGAUGCAGAGUGCCCAAUGCAACCCUUAAACUUGACACCCUGUGAGGAUUGCCACCGCACAUGUCGUUCGACCUACUGUUACGAUAAACACAAAAUUGAAACAUGGCACCCUAAGGCAUGUAAAAUUGUAAGCAUUUGUGCCAUUAACAAGAAAUGCCCAAAAUGUCAUUGCAAUUACAACCUUAAAAUAGAUAGCCUUAAACCGCAUGUGUGUGGAAUCAUACCAUGUCCAAUCUGUAAAGGGCCUUUGAAAAGCAGAGACGCUGAAGUGGUUCAAGAAGUGCCACACGAGUGUUAUAUUCAGCCCUUGGCUGAAGAUGAACAUUCAGAGAAAUAUGUGUUCUAUGAUUUUGAGACAAAUCAGCAAUCGGGGGAUCAUUUGCCUAUUUUUGUAUCUACCACGGCAUUCAAGGGGGAAAAGUGGUCUGCAGAAGGAUCCAAUUGUGCACUACUCUUUCUAAAACAUUUUAGAAAGCCACAGUACAGAAACUCCACGUUUAUAGCUCACAAUGCUAGAGCAUACGAUUCUUACCUGCUUCUGAACCCAUUGAUACAGCAAGGCGUGGCACCCAGGGUCAUAGCUCAAGGUAGUAAAAUCUUGUGUUUUGUAGACCCAGCCUUCAACCAGAGAUACAUUGACAGUUUAAGCUUCUUACCCAUGUGAUUGGCUCAAAUGCCAGAGGCCUUGGGUUUUGAAAACUCUGUGAAAGGCUGGUUCCCUCACUUCUUCACAUCUGAGGAGAAUCUACAUUAUGUCGGAUCAUAUCCCAGCCCAGAAAUGUACAGGUGUGAUCAAAUGUCUCCCAAAGAGCGUGAGAGAUUCAUGAUGUGGUACGAGACAGUAAGACAUGGCACCUUUGAUUUCAAAAAAGAGAUGGAAUCAUACUGUGACAAUGAUGUGGUUAUACUUCGUGAAGGAUGCCUCAGAUUCAGAGAAGAGGUCAUCAAAGAUGCAGGCAUUGACCCCUGGAGUUGUACAACUAUUGCAUCGGCAUGCAUGAAAACCUAUCGUACACACUAUCUGCCGACAUCCUCUAUAGCUAUCCCCUCGCCUGACAACUACCGACGCCAAUUCAAGUCAUACUCUAGUGGGUCCAUUCAAUGGUUGGAGUAUAUGGCCCAGGAUAAAGACAUUUUUAUUCAACAUGCUUUGAAUCGGGGGGAGAAGGCAUUUGGCUCUUACCAUGUAGAUGGCUACACCCAGAUUGACGGGGUUGAGACCGUGUAUGAGUACAACGGUUGUUUCUUCCACGGUUGCAAAUCUUGCUUUGUGCCCCAGACCAUGUGUGUCCUAACCCAAAAGACUUUUGGGGAAAUUUACCAAGAGUUUCAAGACAAAUUGGAUUCUUUACAGGUUACAUACGAUCUAAAAGUGGUGGUUUUGUGGGAGCACAAACAGACCGCCCUCAAAAAGUCUGAUCCUCAUGUUCAAGCCUUCCUUUCUAGCUAUGACACCCCAGAACCCCUGGAACCCCGACAGGCCUUGUAUGGCGGCCGUACCAAUGCUUUGACAUUGCGGUAUGUAGCGCAACCCGACGAGACAAUAGGCUAUGUAGAUUUUACAUCCCUUUAUCCUCAUGUAAUGAGUUCCUCAUGCGCAAGCCUGCGCCUUAUACCCGGAGGUCUCUUUUUUGGUCUUCGAGACAACAUCAUCAACCCUGAGCCUUCUUAA